AUUUUCUUUGCCUGCUUCAUCUCUCUAGUUCCCUUUGUGUGAAAAAAAGAAGAAGAAAAUGGCUCAACAAAGGCUCCAGAACUACAUUGACAGCUUGAAGAACGAGGGUAUCAUGGAUGGAGAGUAUGAGGAGACCAGGAAAGUGCAGACCGGAGAAAAUCCUCCGAAUUUCAUGAUGGAUCUCAUCAACUCUUUCUUGAGCGACGGUCACAACAGCAUGAGAGAUCUGGCUGACCUUCUGGAAGCAAGGAAUGUGGAUUUUACUAAAGUCACUACUGCUGCUCAUGUGAUCAAAGGAGGAGGAAACAGCCUUGGCGGUUGUCGGGUGGUUGCAGCAGCUCGUGCUCUUAUAAAUGCUAGCUUUGAUCAGGACAAGCUAAGAUUAAGCUAUUGA